AUGCAUCACCCGCAACAGCCUUCUUAUGGUGGCUACCCCGGCCAGUCGUAUCACCAGCAGGCGCCGCCUCCCGCCAACCCGUACGGAUACAGCCAUUCGCCUCAGCCGCCGCAACACCCCUACGGAUCGCCCGCCCCGCCGCAUGGAUACAGUCACGGUCCUCCCCCGGCCGGAUAUCAACAGCCGCCGCCGACUGGCCCGAACGUUUACCAGCAGGGCCGCCCGCCAGGUUCGCAUUCCGCCCCCGUCGCUCGCCGAUUUCAUAUUUGGGAAAUAUGCGCUGACAGAGAUGCUAUAGCAGGCAACUAUCAAGGUGGUGGUGGUGGUCGCCCGGCGCCUCCGCCCACGAACCCGGUCGCGUUCGGUCACGGUGCUCCGCAAGGCUACAACUUCCAGUAUUCGCGAUGUACCGGGAAAAGAAAGGCGUUGCUGAUUGGAAUUAACUAUUUCGGCCAGAAGGGUCAGUUGCGAGGAUGCAUUAACGAUGUCAAGAACAUGUCGACAUAUCUCAAUCAGAACUUUGGGUACGCUCGUGAGGACAUGGUUCUUUUGACGGAUGAUCAACAGAACCCCAUGAGCCAGCCUACCAAGGCCAACAUUCUCCGCGCCAUGCACUGGCUGGUCAAGGACGCGCAGCCCAAUGACUCGCUCUUCUUCCACUAUUCAGGCCACGGCGGUCAAACCCCAGAUCUUGACGGUGACGAAGACGACGGAUACGACGAAGUGAUUUACCCUGUGGACUUCCGCGUCGCCGGCCACAUUGUCGACGAUGAAAUGCAUCGGAUCAUGGUCCAAUCGUUGCGCCCCGGUGUGCGUCUGACAGCCAUCUUCGAUUCCUGCCACUCCGGCUCCGCGCUGGACCUCCCCUACAUCUAUUCCACCUCUGGUGUGCUUAAGGAGCCCAACCUGGCCAAGGAGGCCGGUCAGGGUCUGCUGGGUGUGGUUUCCGCGUACGCGCGUGGCGAUAUGGGUGGCAUGAUGUCGACAGCCAUGGGAUUCAUUAAGAAGGCCACCAAGGGUGACGAUGUGUACGAGCGCAACUUGAAGACCAAGACCAGUCCCGCCGAUGUGAUCAUGUGGUCUGGUAGCAAGGACGACCAAACCAGUCAAGAUGCUCAGAUUGCAGGUCAAGCCACCGGCGCCAUGUCGUGGGCUUUCAUUGCGGCUCUCAGAAAGAACCCUCAGCAGAGCUAUGUCCAGUUGCUGAACAGUAUUCGUGACGAGCUGUCCACCAAGUACACCCAAAAGCCGCAGUUGAGCUGCAGUCACCCCUUGGAUACGAACCUACUAUAUGUCAUGUAG